GUGUCAGAGACUGAGAGAGUGAAGUGUGUGUACGUGCUUGUGCAUGUUUGUGAGUGUGUGUGUGUACCUGAGGGAACCCUUGUGGGUGGGCAUCCUCUGCACUGUGUGUUCGACUUCCCUUCACCUGGGCAGCGCUGCGUUGCAUUCCUGACUGCUGCGGCUGUGUGGACUUAUCUUUCCUUCGGCUGGACUGAGGAGAGCAAUCGAAAACUUUAAGGAUUAAUAACAGACACGAGAGGAACGGUGGGCAAGAUGUUGGUCACCAUGCUUACAGCCAUGUACAUGAUGGUCCGAGUCGUAGAAUCGAUAGGGGUACGGUUUGCACGGCAACAGGAACCUUUACCAUACAUGCUGUCCCAGCCUCUGCCUUGGCAGGUCCACUCCGUGUCGCACAAUCGGAGGAGCAGCAAAGCAGAUGAGUUUGAUGGCCUCAGGAGGAACAGCAUGGGCGUGUACAGAAAGAACUAUGUCUCCAUGGCUAUUGCCUCUACCUCUCUGGCUAUACCAUGUGUCCUGUCGUGCUCAGACCCCAACACCACGAACGGGACGUGCACCGCUCACGUUGUUCCACCGCUCAGCCCCGUCGAAGUCGAGAAGGCCGCCGCCACCAUCCAGACCCAUUUCAGGAAGUUCCAACAGAAGAAGCACAAGAACGGCAAGUAGACGGACAAAGAGGGACGGUGGUGCAGGUGCGACGAGCCUGAGAGGAAGCAGGUGGGGACUUUUGUCGAUUCACCGAACGAGGGAUGAACUCUGAGAUGAUAUGCACAAGUGCACAUAAACACACAAAUGUACAAACAUUCAAACUGUAUGAUAAACAUUUAGCAGAGGUCCUGGAUUAGUGAAAGAAAUAAACACUUACAUAGUCAUAGCCUACAUCUCAAACUGCUGCUUGUAAAACCCAAUGUAAAAGUCUAUGUGAACUAUUAUAUACAGCGUAUGAAUAAACUCUACAUCUGAAUGAAUGUCAGUUUUGAUGUGCAGUGAAAAAAAGAGUGACUGUGAGAGUGACUGCGAUUAUGAUUUAAUUUAUAUAUGAACUGUGUUUUGAGUAAACGAAAAUAUGGAGAAAAUAAUUAAUUGUGGAUCUUUCAAAAAUAUUAAACAUUAUGUUGAGUAAAA